GUAAAGCGUCCCUCUCUGUGCAAGGCUGCAUCAUUUCUGCUCUUAUUGCAUCGCCGUAUCACAUCUUUUAGAUUUCCAUCAUGGACUGUUCCUUUGCUAAUCUGGAUGCUGCUGGUUUUCAACAGAUCUGGCAACACUUUGAUGCCGAUGACAAUGGCUACAUCGAAGGGAAAGAGCUGGAUGACUUUUUCUGUCACAUGUUGAAAAAAUUACAGCCGAAGGAUAAGAUUACAGAGGUGAAAGUGCAGCAGAUGAAGAAGCAGUUUAUGUCUGCCUACGAUCUCACGUCUGACGGACGCCUGGCGAUCCACGAACUAGCCAACAUGAUCCUGCCUCAGGAUGAGAACUUCCUUCUUAUCUUUCGUAGAGAAGCUCCACUGGACAGCAGCGUGGAGUUCAUGAAGAUCUGGAGAAAAUACGAUGCCGAUAGCAGUGGCUACAUAUCUGCCGUGGAGCUCAAGGGCUUCUUGAAUGACUUGUUUCGGCAGCACGAAAAGAAUAUUCCUCCCACUAAGUUGGAUAAAUACACAAGCACCAUGAUGAGCAUUUUUGACAAAAACAAAGAUGGGAGAUUGGAUCUUAAUGAUCUAGCUAGAAUUCUGGCUCUGCAAGACAACUUCCUUUUGCAGUUCAAAAUGGAUGACGACAGUCAAGAGGAGAGAAACAGAGACUUUGAGAAGAUCUUUGCGCAUUAUGAUGUUAGCAAGACCGGAGCCCUUGAAGGACCAGAGGUGGAUGGGUUUGUCAAAGACAUGAUGGAGCUCGUCAGGCCAAGUAUCAGUGGAAGGGAUCUGGAUAAACUGCGCGAGGUUCUGCUGCUCCACUGCGAUGUGAAUAAAGACGGGAUGAUUCAGAAGAGUGAGCUGGCCCUGUGUUUGGGAGUAAAGCUGAAAUCACUUGCACACUGAAGCUAUCACUUCUACUGUGAAUUACUACAUUUGAAACCCGAGCGGGGAAGGUGAAAACAUUAUAUCCACUCGUGUAUUGCUCGUUUCUAUGUUUUACAAAUGUAUUAUGCUAUUUAAAAUAUAAUUCUGAAAAAGUAAGAUUUGUAAAUGUACUUGCAACAAUAAAAGUUAUAUCUGUUAACACGUAAA